AUGGAAAUGAUGAAAAACGUGGUGGGUAAUACCAGUGAUAUACCUUCAAAUACUUUAGAUUUUGUGGACCUUCAGGAGGCAGUGCUUGCAGUCCAAGAUACCUAUAAGUUACAAGAGGUUUCUAAUGGCUUUCCUGAUAACAUAGCCAAUGUCUCCCAUGUGAAUACUGUUACACACAUCUUGCUUUUGAAUAUGGCAAAAUGGAAUUGCUCAUUUAUCGCUGAACUUCAACGGGACUUCUCAUUUUUAAAAAAAGUCGCUGGAUCCUUAAAUUGCGUGAAAUGCGACAAGUGUACAGCCGAGUUUUCCGUAAGUCAUGGUGGCCGAAGCGAUGUAAAUGAUCAUUUAAUAACUGCCAAACAUAGAUCAAGUGAGGAAGCUGCUGCAAGUUCAUCUAAAAUCACCCAAUUUUUCAAAAAUUAUGACGGAGGAGACACAGAGCUGGUAAUAGCUGCUAAAGAAGCAAUAUUCGCUUUCCAUACUGCCAAACAUGAUUUAAAUUUAGAAAGCCUUGUCGUAAAAAUUUACAAAAUAUUUUUACAUUUAUACCGUACGGUCACUCAAUUAAAAGAAUUUUGCACAUUAGUAAAUGUUGAAUACAAAAAACUACUGUCACACGGAAGUACUCGAUUUCUUUCACUUUUGUCAGUGGUUGAGGGAAUAUUACAAAUUUUUGAUGGAUUGAAAUCGUACUUCCUCUCUCAAGAUCAAUGUCCACUUGCAAUAAAAAAGUUCUGUGACGACGAACGGGGAGAAUUGUACUUAUGAACAAAUUGUAUGGAUAAUGAGGAAUGCACGUUGACCCUUGACGGACGCAGUCUAGCUGGCGGAGCAAGUGCCAUUGCGAAAACUGCUAUCGAUGCUAAAACGCUCGUAAGAAUAGGUUUCAUCCUCCUCAUCGCAGAAUCAACACUCAUCUUUUGGUAUCGUUUUCAUCGCAUAAUCAACACUUUUAGUUUCUCCCAUUGA